ACACACACACACACACAACACCAGUACAAAUCUCAACACACCGCGAUGGUUAUGUUACACAUGGCGCGAAACAAAAAUGAAAAUAUAUCGUCAAAUGACGAUAAUUAUGUUGUACAGAGAAUAGGUGGAGGUAGCAUAGUUGAUCGUCGGCCAGUAUUUUCACCUGACGGCAAGUUGUUGUAUGUAGUUUACGGCCAUGUCAUACGAGCAUACAAUACUGAAACUGGGGUGCUUGUACGGGACUACAAGGGCCUCUCUCACCCAGCAGUCGGAGUACAAUUACAUGCUACCAGGCCUGAACUUGUGGUUGCUGUCUCAGAGGAGGGAGAGCUGAUGGCCUGGAGAUGGGAGUCAGGAAUCCACAUGAUGACAGUGAAAUUAAGACUUGCUCCUGAAUGCAUGAAAGUUACUAGUUUUGAUCUCUUACCGUCUGAAGAUGGUGAUUGUGAUGUAUUUGCGACAUGGCAAAAGAGAGACACUAAACGAGCAGAAAUGUCUGUGUUUUCCUCUAGAGGCAGACACAAAAUCGAUCUAAAUUUUAGUUUUGAUAGCUCCACUCACAGUGUUGCUUUUGCAUUUGGUACUCAUACAGAUGGAAGAUAUGUAGUUGCUAUAUGCAAGGACAAAUUAUACACUAUUGAUUUUCAAAGAAAUAAGGGUAAUUGGUUCCGUGUUUCUGGCAAAAGAUAUCUAACCUGUGUGGCCUGUCAUCCCACUGAACUGUGUGUAGCCACUGGUGAUAACACAGGAAGAGUUCUCAUCUGGAGAGAUAUAAUUGACAAUCCCCAACCUCCUAGUGCUGUUUACCAUUGGCAUACAUUGCCAGUUACCGACAUUGCUUUCUCCCAAUCUGGUACAUUCUUUUACAGUGGAGGUGGUGAACACACUUUAGUAAAAUGGCGUUUAGACACUCCCAAUGAGAAAAGUUUCUUACCUCGUCUGUCAGGACCUAUUUGCCACCUUAGUAUAUCUAAAGACAAUUUGGUGAUAGCUGUGUCUACUCAAGAUAAUGCUAUUCAGUUAAUUGAUCCUCAGCGUAAAAUUACCAAAACAAUUCAGUACUUUUCAUGGGGAGUCCAGUCAGGAGAUGGUCCUCUUUUCCCCGCAGGCCUGAAUCAUGACCGAAGAACACAUUCUCUAGUUUUGAAUAGUCGUACAGGUCACAUACAGUUUUAUGAUCCAUCCACUCACAGUCUCUUGUAUAAUCUUGAUAUUACAGGACAGAAUUAUUUGACUCAAGAGCGUAAUACAAAGAUAAUAAAUACAGAGGUGAUACGUGUGGCUCUCAGCACCUGUGGAAAAUGGCUUUCAACUGUUGAGUUUAUUGACAAUGGAGAAAUGAGUGUACAUGUUACAUUAAAAUUCUAUAAUUUUAUUGAUACCAGUCAAAAAUAUUCCUUGAACACUUCUAUUGCACUGCCUCAUCAAGGACGGGUGCAUGCUCUACAGUUUCAACCAAUUGAAAGUCAGGAUGAUGGACUAUUAGCUGUUACUACGGGUGAAGAUAAAAGGUUUCGCUUAUGGAGUCUUCAAUCAGGAAAGAAUAGUAUGUGGCAAUGUGUGAGUGUUGGACAUUAUCGCGAUCAACCUGUCAGAGAUGCAGCCUUUUCAACUGAUGGAUCAGUUCUUGGUGUCUCUUUUGGUUCUUCUCUCACUUUAUGGAAUCCUGACAGUUGUAGUCUGAAGUGCAGUCUUUCAUCAGCUAGCACAACUGAACCUUCACCUAUUCUAUACAUUCAAUUUGGUAACAGUGAUUGUUGCCAUCUAGUAGUAACGGGAACUACACAUGGACUGACUGUGUGGAAUAUCCUCACACUAUCAAUUGUUUGGACUGUGCCCCUUAAAUUGUCCAUUCUAACUAAAGACCCUUUGUCAAAGUACAUGGCUGCCUUCACAACAAAUAAUACACUGUUUGUAUUUGCACCAAACAGCUCCAAGCCAGUAUUUAUCUACAGAGACAUAUGUUCUUCUGACACCCAAAUUCUUUCUGCAAUAUUUAUGCCAAGAUCACAGAUUAAGAAUGGACAUUCCUGGCAAUCUAGGAGCAAAUUGUAUUUUAUUGACUCAAACCAGGAGUUACUUGCCCUUCAACGAGCUGAAGAAGUUGAUGAUUCAAAUGGAGGUGGUUUGGAAGGGUUACCAGAAUGGACACCAGGGCUCACACCUUUCAGCUCUCUAAUAGCCAAACAGUCUUCAUCUGCUGCUGUUGCCAAAGGACUCAAAAAGCACAAUCGGCUUGGAAUAGCUGGUAGGAAAGAGCUGGAGGAACUGCUGGCGUCCCCCGCACACACCAUGCCGCCCCAGCACCUGCUGUGCGCCGGGCUGCUCGGCGCCCUGCUCGUCCGCGAGGCGAGCGCUGACGACAAUGCCGCCGCCGAUGAGGCGUCCUUGGCCGCGGAGCGCGCCGCCAAGAAGGACGAGGACUCUAGCGAGGACGAGGCGGAGCCCGCCGACAAGAGGCAGCAGCGGCCGCCGUCGCCCGCCGCGACCACCACCGCCGCCGCGCCGGGCGACGUGGACCCCGAGCUCGAGCGCUCGCUCGAGAGGACGCUGCGGGAGUCGCUGGACUGGGCCAAGGCGCUGGUAGCCGAAUAGAGGGCAAGCGCGUCCCCAUGUGUACUGUACGCGAAGUCGUUUGAAAACUACGAACUUCGAGUUGCGACCGACCUCAAGUGGAACGCGGACAUCACCACCGUCCGACCUAAUUGUAUUUUUAAAAGUAAUUUGGGUCUGCGGCCAGCUGGUUCUUGCCGCUCGUCUUGCUUUCCGGCUACUUUUCUAUAUAUUUUGUUGAGAUUUGUAAUACGUGAUUUUUAUAAAGACGUGAUCAGAAAGACGUUA